GUGGAAGCAGAUCUCGGAGGCUCCUCCCUUGUGACGUGCUCUCUGAGUCGUCAUCGGGUCCUGCAGGCGACGGCAUCGAUUGCUGAUUCAAUCCGGUGCGCUUCAGCCAAUGUAUGUGUGUGACAUGGCAACGAGGGAUGAAGGGAAGCAUUGAUGAGGCGUCUUGUCCUGCCUCUGUGUUGCAGAUGUUACUAUGAUGUCUGAUCAGCCCGCCAGCACCGCCCAGCCGCCGCUAAUGAAUGACGGCAUCGACCUCUGCUGGCAGCCCAGCACCAGCCCCGCCACAAAGCGCCUCGUCCACCGCAUUCUGCGCCGUGAGCUGACGCCCGCCAUCGCCACUCGACUCAUCCAGACCAAAGGAGCCGACCCCGACGCACUUGUCGGCUUCCACGAGAAGGCAUCUGGAGUCCACUCAUCCACCAAAUGGGUGCCUCUUCUGUCGAUGGCGAUUGACGACCCGACAGGCAGCGUCCCCUAUGUGUGGUGGAUGUCUUCGGACCUCAAGACGCCCCUGCUGCUCAAGCCGUGGUCGUCUCGCCAGCUGCAGCGCAAGAUACUCCAGGCGCUCAUCAGCUGCGGCGCCAACGUCAACCGCUAUCAUCCCUAUCACGAUGGCAUGAGGCCGAUCCGUGUGGCGGCCAAUACGGGCAACAUUGAGGCAGUGGAGGUGCUGUUGGCCACAAAUCAACUCGAUGAUAUAGCCUUCCCCCUUCCCGUCGUCCCUCCCCUCCAGACGUCGCAAGCCUAUGGCGAUGCCCUCAUCGGUGUGGCGCGCCGACUGAUGCAGCACGACCCUUCACUGAGUGGCCGUGCGGUGCUCUCAGCUGCUAUUUCACGACCCCUUCUGUCCAAGGCCUUCGUUUACGAGUACGUGGACACCCUAGUGCAGCACGGGGACCCCAUACCGGCAGCCACGGUGCGCAGCGCACUCUUCAUUGCCGCCCAUGGUGGCAGCCACUGGGUGGUGGACUACCUGUGCCAGCGCCUCGCCACUCCCACUGAGAUCAACCCUGCACAAGGUCACCCGCUGCUCUGGAGUGCCGCAGAUCAGCUGCAAUUCCUACUUGAGCAGUGGGAUGGUGACGACGACAAUGUACCGGACCGGACGGCUGAGCUCAUCCGCGAGCGCAAGCUGGUGGUCCGGUCCUUUCUGCGGGCGGGGGCCGACCUCUCGACGAAUGUCCUGCCCACCACCACGCCCGUUCAGCGGAAGCGGCGUGAGCUGGUGCUGAAGGAGUACAUCACUGUGCUCAACGAGCUGCCCUUCGUCGUCAUGGACGCGAUCAACGCCGCCCUCGCCCCCCAGCGCGACGCCGACAUCCUCAUGACGCGCAUCCUGCCCCUGGUGGAUCACAACGACGAGGACGCCUCCCUCCCCCACCCGCCCUCCCCCUCGCCCCUCUCAUUCGGACCACAGGAGGCCGCCGCCAUCGCAUGGAAGAUCGGGGCCUUCCUGCACGACCCCCCCGCCGCAUUCACCGCCAUCAACAGCUUUCUCACCAAUGCGUCGGCGCUCAAGCGGCGCGUCACGGCGGCUGUUGGGCAUUUCGUCAAGUGGGCGGCGACCAAGACGGUCAGCAAUCGGCAGGUGGUGGGCGGGUGGAGCCGGGGGCCGGACGGGCAGACGGUGCGUGUGCCGCAGCUGCAGUGCUUCGCCAUCGAUGCCGGGCAGCACCACACACACAGACGGCUGGGGGUGCGUGAGGUGGUGCAUCGCGCCGGGCUGGAUGAGGUGCGGCAACACGGCCUAGAGGGGGUGGUCAAGGGCUUCAACAACGAGGAGGGCAAUGACGACUGUCAGUUCCAGUGGGGCCGCCUGGGCUACGUCGACCAGACAGGGCAGUGGGUGUCGUUGGGCAUCAGCUGACUGCUUCAGUGGGGGACAAGACGGUUUCGGUGUGGUGGGUGGUAUCGGUUUAAGUGCUGACUGAUUGGGACAAUUCUGUGCUCGUCUGUGUGUUGUAUUCAUGUUGACCUGCUUUCAAUUGCUGCCUACACGGGCUGCAAA